AUGAUGCUGAGUUGUGAUAACUGAUGUGUGUAUUACGAGAUAGCACAAUUGCAGCUGUAUUUACUGACUUGUGUGAAUGGGUUUCAACAUGGGUAUUGAGAUGACUUUCAUUCAUACUGUUAUCACUUUAAAACGACAGGUUGGUUUGUCAACCAGAAAGGUGUUGAUACUACUGACUGAACUCUAUUGUUUGUGGGUCUUGAAAUAAUGUCGUCGGAAUAUUUAGAAUUGUGAAACUUACGUGGGUAAUAUCAAAAGUGUUCAUCCUUUGAAUUGAGAGAAGACAAGAGUUACCUACAGCAUACAUGUAUGUUGUUCAUACUUGUUACAACUGACUGACAGAAACAUUGGCACAAGUAUUGAGCUAUUAUCUUGCAACUGAUAACCUGUACUUUGUGGAAUUAUUCCGUAUACUUGGACUACUUUACUAAACCAACAGUUUAAUGCUUUUAAGAACAAUUUCUAAAGUUUUCUGUUUGUGUCAAUCACAUCUGAACUUAGGAAGCUUGAUGUAAUGUAGAUAUUGAUUGGGAAGUAACUUGUCUCUAAAGUACAUAACAAGAUAACAGAAAACAUGAGUGAUGGGAAACAAGCUUUGUGCUCCAUUACUAAAGAAGACAUACAGAAAUGAAGAGUAUCCAUGGCACAUCAGGAAAGAUUCACACCUCCUCAGAUUAUGGGCAGAGAUAUUCCGAGUACAUGGGGACGGAGAGUAUAUGAGUUGGGAGAGGAUCUCAGAAGAUGUAGUUCCUAUAAAUAUCUCUUGUAUAGAGGACACACCAACCACUGUCUUUCAAAUCACAGCUUAUAACAGACAUGUAGAGAAAAUAUUUGAUGUAAAAAUAAUACAACCAGGGACGAUAAUUUGUCCUGCAACUGAAAGUUUUGUACAUUGGAGAGAUGGUCUGACUAAAUAUGAAUGGGGACUUAAUUUUACUACACCAGCUGAUGCUAAAAGAUUUAGAGAUUGUUGUAGUAACUUAUCACAGAAAUUUUCCAGAAAAGCCACUUCAGCCAGUUCUUUAAGACUAAGUCCCCCAAAGAGGAUUCGAGGCAAAGAUCGAUCUAUCUCCUCUCCAAACUCACCAGUACACAACCAUCACAGGAGAACGAUAUCUUCUCCACACGAACUACACACAGAUAAUCCAUUAGUCGACAAUCAUGCCAUCAAUGAAAAGAAAGAGAAAUCAGCAACCAUACCUCGAAGUCAGAUGGAGGCUGAGGAGGACGCACAGUUGUUUAAACCAACGGGAAUUCUCAAACCUUCAUCCACUUCUUCUGUGUAUGACAACUAUGAUAAUACAUCGGGUACUGUACAAUUGAGAAAAUCAUCUACGAAUGAUUCACGUUUUGCUGUCAAUCGGAAAUCCAUGCCUGCCCCAGCUUCCUCUCAUGUAUCGUUCGUUGAGGACCGUUUAUUGAAUAACACUCGACCUGCUUCGGCUAUACAUUUUACGCAAAAAUAUUUAGAAGAAAACUCAGCGAGAUCUGCUUCAGUGACAUUUAGUUCUGACACUAAAACUAAUCGGAGGCGAGCAAAUCAAAAUGUAGAAAAUAUACAAAUGGAAACUGCUUUUGUUGGAGAUGUAUCUACUGAAGAUUUACCAAAAGAACAUACUGACAGAGUACGAGUUCUAGCACCUAAACCUGUGAAGGCUUUGAGUCCACCACAACGUAAAUCUUCAUCUUCCUCUCCAGAAUGGCCCUCUCCUCCAGAGCCCCUUACACCAUUGACACCACUUAACCCUGAAGUUAAUGUGGAUUUCGAUAGUGAUGUUUUAAGAAAAAUGCUACAGUCCUUGCCUGUGUCUCCUGAAGACGUAAAAGGAGUUAAUCGCUCGAAUAGUCAGAAUAAAUUACCAGACAAUCGCAGAUCUGGCAAUAAUCAAAUAAAUGAAAAGAGCAGACAACGCAAUGGAAGUAGCAGUAGCAGUUCAGAAUCUCACAAAAUUAAUGGAACUGGUUCUGCUUUUGUUGCUCCAGAGACCAGUAAAUCAAGACAAACCCAGUUGGUAGAGUAUGAAUUACGAUUACGUGAUCAGUGUGCACGACAGAGUUAUACAAGGGACAGUUAUCCUGACAGUGGUAUAGGGGGCAUGGCUGGUGAUAAUGCAACAGUGUCUGAAGCAAGCAUAAAAGACAGACCUCAAGGAUUAGAGAUUGGAUCAUCAAAGAGUGGUUCCUGUGGCAAUAGUAGUCACGGUAGCAGUAGUAGUGGUCGUCAUAGUGAUCUAGUAAACCAGCUUAGUGACGGAUCUGACCUAAAACAGUACUUCUCACCAGAGCUAUCUGACGAUGAUGGAGCUGAAAGUGACGACAGUAUUCACACAAUGACAGAGGCAGAGUCCAAAAUCUCCUACAAACAGUUUGGUGCUAUUCGUAAAGCAGGUUGGCUUGUUGUAAAGAAUUGGUUAGUACAGAGAAAGAGGAGGUUAGAACAUGCUCCUAAGAGAAAAUGGAAGAGAUACUGGGUGUGUCUGAAGGGAACAGUUUUAUUGUUUUAUGACUGUAAUGAACAGAACUCUAUCACAGAAGAAAGUGUUCCUAGACAUAUUCUAGUGAUAGAAGGUGGAAUUGCCCAGGCUGUUCCUGAACAUCCAAAAAGAGACAACAUAUUCUCCCUGAGUACGGCAUUUGGGGAUGCAUACUUAUUCCAGGCAUUGUCUUCAACCGAGGUGGAGAACUGGAUAUGUGCCAUACAUUCAGCAUGUGCUUCCUCCCUGGCACGACAACACGGGAAAGAUAACUCACUCAAAUUAAUCAAAAGUGAACAACAUAAACUGGAAAAUAAUAUAGAUGUGGAUGUUAAAAUGAAGAAAAUGGCUGAGCUUCAGCUAACAGUAGUGACAGAUCCAAGAUCACGUCAGGCCAUUAUAAAACAGAUCGCUCAGUGGGAGGAGAAUUUAGAGAAGUUAUAUAUAGAACAGUAUAGACUUAGGUGUUAUAUCUCUACGUUACAGGGAUCAGAGUUACCUAAUCCUAAGGUUUUGUUAGCAAAUGCAUCUAAGACUACAAAAGCAACAUUAGGAAAACUUGGUGUUUUCACUGUAACUUCUUUCCAUGCCUUAGUAGCAGCAAGGCGACCUCUGAUAGUACCAAACAUUUAUGGCAAAGGAAGCCACAAAGGUGGCAUGCUGUCUCCUAGAGGUGACGGGACAUUUAAAUACUCAACCAAGGUCACAACUCCUGCAUCUAAUCUUGACACAUCGUCAGUAUAUAAAGCAACAGAUAUUGAUGGGGUCGUAGCAGAGACUUACAGGGAUGUACCUGAUGGUCUCUCAGACAACUCAAUGUCAGAAGAUAGUGCCAUAGCAGAAACAUUAUCAAGAAUCUCGCUACCAAACCAACAGGAAGCUAAGCCAACAGAUGAGACGAUUCUGGUGAAUGUCAACAAACACACUAUUAUACAGGACCUUUUAGAAUCUGUGUGUGGCAAACGUCAGUUAAAUAUAGAGGACCAUUAUGUACGUGUAAAAUUACCUAGUACACCACAGGGAGUUUAUACUAUACCAGAACCACAAGAAAUCAUCAGAAAAAUGAAAUAUGAAUCAAUAGAAGUAUGUGAAAAGAAUGUGUUCCAAAUAGAUCUGGUAAAGUCACCGAACGAUACUGAGUUUGGUUUCGCUGUAGAAGCAGAGCUAGCACAGAGUUUUGAGAGAGACGAUGAAUUACGACUAUAUGUUAGCAAUGUUCUGCCAUCAAGUGUGGCUAUGCAAGCAGGUGUGUAUAGUUUGAUGGUUGGAGAUGAGAUUCUAGUCAUUAACAGUAAAGUUGUAUCAGAACUAGAUAUGGUGUAUAUAGAGAACCUACUCCACACAUCACAGUCCCUAUGUUGUACUAUAAGGUCCAUACACACACAGAAAUCAGCACCGUCACAGAAGUCUGGGGAAAUAGACAACAUGAUGUGUCCGCCCCCUCCCAGUCAGUCACGCAUCAGUGAAGAUACCCUUGGCCAUCUUAUAGUCCCAUCUCCAGCAGAUAGUGGCAGUUCCUCACAGAAAAGUUUACAUUCUAAUUCUCAGUCUGAUGUCUCUACAAACCAAAUAGAUGCUUUACUAUCAAGUGCAGAUCAGGUGACAGCAAUUUGUCGGACAGACAUGGACCCAAAACUAGCUGAAAGUCUACAAGGGACCAAACCUUUGUCUGAAGCCCAAAAGUUACGGAAGGUCAUCAUGGAAUUAAUCGAUACCGAAAGAGCAUAUGUUAAGGAUUUAGAAUUUCUGAUAGACCGUUACCUGGAGCCAUUAAAAGAAGAAACGUUCAUGUCGACAGACGAUGUUGAUCAUUUGUUUGGAAAUAUACAUGAAAUUUCUCAGUUCCAAAAACAAUUCCUUCAAAGUCUUGAGGAAGCUAUGCAGCUUGAAGGAGACUUUCUUGCCAUUGAGGACCCAAAACUAUUCAGGGAUUUGGAGUUACGGAGAGUAUUAUUUUCCCUUGGUGGAUCCUUUCUGUUUUACGCCAAUCAUUUCAAAGUUUACAGUUCUUUUUGUGCUAGUCAUACCCGAUCUCAGAAAAUUCUUAAUCCAGUAUCUGAAAUUAACCAGUCACUGAAGGAAUUCCUGCAGGCACGUAAUCCUAAACAACAACAUUCGGCAACGUUAGAGUCAUACCUGAUCAAACCCAUACAACGAAUACUCAAAUAUCCACUGCUGCUUCAACAACUGUGUAAUCUGACUGACGACGACACAGACGAACACUAUCAUUUGUCAGAGGCACUUAAAGGUAUGGAAGCAGUGGCAGAACACAUCAAUGAAAUGCAGAAAAUCUUUGAAGAAUAUGGAUCUGUGUUUGAUGAAUUAUCUAAAAUGUUUAAAGAAAUUCAUCCUCAGAAAAAGCCAGUAGAUCUGAGUGUUGGAGAGUUACAGAUGUAUGGUACAGUAGAAUGGUGCAAUAUUUGUGAAAGUCUGGGCAAAGUCAAAAAAAACUUAGACCUAGAAAACAUUGUGUUUGUUUUUAAGACUGGAGUUGUCUUUCUUUGUCGAGAAAGGAUAAAGAGAAGAAAAUCAAAGGGUAAUUCUAAGAUUAGUGGUUCGGAUCCAGUAUUUGAGUUCCAUGAAAGAUUCCGGACUCUGAUCCCUGUUCAGGAGGUACAAGUACAGGGAGGUCGAGUCAGUGAUAUAGACAGACAUUACUGGUGGGACCUGAUCCACUGCAGAUCAGAUAAAGAUGGACGACCAGAAAGAGUGUAUCAGUUCUGUAACAGUUCUGUAGAGGCCAAAUCAGACUUUAUGAAGAUCAUAAGACAGACAAUCAGAGAAAGUGUUCGCAAAAUGACAUUACCACCAGGCUCCCAGCCUGCAAAAGGCAGUUAUGCCCCUUUUGGUGGUCAGAGAUUACAAAAGCUUCCUUCAAAUAUACGGACGUUAAGUAAAUUGAGAAAAGGAAGUGCAAAAAGUACUGACGUUGACAGACAUUCAGCAGAAUUUGAGGAGAAAAUAAAUGUGUUAGAAAGUGAAGAUUCUUCGUCGUUUAGGAUUCGUAGUCGGACGGUUGGGGAUUUAAACGAUAUGGAAAAUGAUGAGGACAAUAAUGUUUAUAAACCUGGCUCAUCAGAACCUCAAAUUUGUAUUGAUACAAAAAGUUCGUGUUCAUCUAAUUCUAGUCUAAGUUCAAGUAGCAAAGCAAGUGGAUCAGCGGCUAAAUUAACACAGGCAAGUGGCAAUCCGUUAACAUUUUCAUCGGGUAAUCUGUCACAGUUAGAGGGUUCCCCUGUGUGGAAACCACGAAAUGAAUCUAAUGUGAUGGUUCACAAAGGGCCACAUUUAUGUGUUCCUAGCAGUGCUAUAAGUAGUAGUUUAGUUAAUAGUGCCAUGUUAAAUAAUACUUUAUCAAAUAAGUUACCUGAUAUAAAAGACACUGAAUGUUGACCUUUCGUUUCAAAUUUAUAAUAAUUCAUAGAGUUUCAUUUUAUUGUAUAUUUGGUAGUUUUCAUUUUUAAACAAAGUUUACGUUUCUAAUGUCAGAAUGAUUUUAAUUAUUUCAAGAAUGCAUAACAGUUUAAAUUAGGAAAUGGAAAAAAAUAUAAUCUAGGAAAAAGAAAAGAAAUUCUGUUUUAUUUUUAUCCAUAACAAAGUUUUGUUCCAAAGUUUCUAAGAUAACAUACUUAUAUGCUUUUGCUGAAAAAUAUUAUGAAGUAUUUAUUCAGAUAAUUGAAUAGAAUAUUUAUAUACAAUAACAGCAUUUAUGUUGGAUAAUAUGGGAAUUAACAAUAUAAUACUCAAGAACCUAAGUUAAUCAUAUAUUUUGUUUUACCCAUCAAUCGGAUAUCAAGCUACAUAUAAAAGUUACCAUAAACAUAUUUCUAUCAAAAUCUAAUAUGAUAUAUAUCAGAAAUCAUUGCUUUUCACUUUUGUGUAUAAUAUUCAUUAAGAAACUAUUUUUUUGAAAUCGUAUCAUGAAUUCUAGCUAACAGAAGUAGUUAAAUGUAUUGGCAAUGAACAGUAUUAAAAUUUGACUUUUGUUCAGUAUUAAAAUCUUUGUCUUGAUAUGACACCUUAAUGUUUCAGCACAAAGAUUGUUUUCUUUUUCACUGUCCUCAUGGUCCUGUGUUUGCUCACUUUAAUCAAGUAACAACAGCCAUGGCAUGUCAUGUUUAAGGGGCUUUGAUGGGGGAAAAAACUAUUCAAAUCAGGAGUAUAAUUGUAACAUUUUCUUUUAUUUUGAAUAACAUAAACUGAAAUACUUUUCAAGACAUGCUAAAAUAAUUCAGUUUUACGUCAAAGAAAUGCCUAGGCUUAUAGCAAGUGCAUUUCCCUACAUAAGCUGAAGAUUUAUUGUCAGUUAGUUCCGUACAUACCAGAAAAGUAACAAAGAUUAUUUUCUUUUUUCACUGCCGAGUUCACUCACUCUAAUCCAUAAACAACAGCUAUGAUCUGUCAUGUAAAAAGGCUUUGAUGGAGAGAAAAGCAAUUCAAAUCAGGAGAAUAGUGUAGAAUUUCAGUUUGACCGUGUAGACAAAAUCUAAAAUAAUUCAAUUUUAAUUCAAGGAAAGUCCUAGAACCAAGUGCAUUGCCAUAGAAAAGCUGUUAAUUUAUUAUUAGUUUUUCCAUACAUACAAGAAAAAUAGCUACGCAAAGCAAUUCUAAGAGAACAAAGAAUUUUGAUAGAAAUGUUAAAAAAUCAAUAGAUAUUUAUGGUAAUAAAAUCAUCAUGCAUUAAAAAGAAUAUUAAGAUAUGGAAAUAACAUGUAAAUCUUGGCGUGGAACAUAUUAACUAACCUAAUUACAAUUUUACACAACAAUAUAAGUUAUACAGAAUUGUGGACUAAUUUCCACUGUUUCUAUUGACAUCUUGUUACAGUAUGCUGUAUGGUUAUUGAUCCACAUCGACAGGAAACCAGUCCAUUGAAAUAUAACGUAACAAACACGUAUAAGGUGUUACCACACGCCAUUAUCUUCAUGUAACCUGCAAUGCCUCAGUAAUCUUAUUUGUUUGUUUUCUCAUGUUUUCAGUCAGUUUAAUAUUAAGGUAAUUAUAUAUCUCAGUCUACUUGAUGCAUUUGUGAUGGAAAUGUCAACCAAUUCCCAGCCUUGGGUUAUUUAUUAGUAUCUGCAUCAGCUUGAAAAUAUUGUUUUCAAAUAUUUUUUUUAAUUUCUGUAAAUAUUUUUGGGGGGGGUAAAAAAUCAAUAUAUUUAAAAAAAACAAUGAUUUUAUUUUAAAAAGUUUUAAAAAUCAUCAUUGAAGUCAUUCAGAAUUUUUUGAAAGAAUCAGCACUCAAAUGCUUUAUUACUCAAUGACAUUAUUUUCAAGCUAAAUGUACAAUUGAUCUCCAUUUUAUAAAGGCCAUAAACGUCCUAAGGUGCUGGAAUUAUCAGUAUUUGCAUGUCUUAACUUUGGUUGAUGGUGCCAUAUAUAGACUCCACGCCAAUUGCAUAGCGAUUUUAUAUAUUUCAUUUGCAAGCCUUGUACAGUCACACAGCUUUAAGUGGUCACAGAGGUUUAAAAGAUCGCAAUUUUGUAUUCAUGGUAUUAUUCAUGCAGAAAUGGAGUAGUUGCACUAGAUACCAAUUCAGCAUAAUGGACUUUGUCCAACUCAUCAUAGUGUCCAGGAAAUACAAAGUAACUGUCCAAACUCUCAUUUAAUUCUCAACUUUCUGUUGUCAACAUGAUUUUAAGUCUCUAUAAGCUUUAAUAUGUCCAGCUCUCAAAUUGUGCUUCCAUUAAAUCUUAAUUCCCUGAUUGUUUCUUAUUUUAUUGAGGAAAAAAACAUAUCCUAAGUGACUACAGGAAUAUAGUAUUAAUACAGUAGAUCUCUAUUGGUAUAAAUGUUUUAUGCUAAAAUUUUUACUGUAUGUUAUUUAUCUGACUUGCUGGAGUGUGGUUUAUUUACCACAUAAUUAAGAAUCUUUAUAGAAGUACUUGUCCUUCUGGAGAAUAUUGGUUGAUCCAAGUUCAUAAGAUGCUGUGUACAAUUCACAAAUAAAUGGUCCCGGUUUGUUCUUAUACAGUUUUUGAACUUCCUAUCAUGGAACAGGAAUUUUGUAAUGUUAUGUUUAACAGAGUCAUGUUUUGCUUCUGGAGUUGCAGGUCAGCGCCAUAUCAUGCAUUAUAAAUCAUUGUAAAUCAUUGUACAACAAAUGGAAGUUUUAAACGACCUUGACUGGCUAUACAGCCCUUGCACAGUCGGGAUCAUUGUACAAACAUCUAUCAUCUGUAUAUAUACCUGUAUAUAUUGUUACCAUGGGAACGUGCAAUGGGAACUAAUUUAACAAGCAUGUUGGUCUUUUUAUUAUAUCCUCUUUUUAUAGUGCUUAAUCAUUUUCAUAUAUAUGUAAUUAUGGAAAUUUUAAUAUAUGCAUUUAAACAUUAUUUACAUAUUUAAAGCAUGUACAUUAAAAGAAAGUAUGUAACAUAGAAACAAACUAAACUGUAGUUGUGGAAUUUUGUCUCGCCUAGAAGUAGAGUUUUUCUUGUAUGGCAAAAUAGAUGUUUGUCAUUUUCAUCCAUAUGGUAAUUGUAAUUAUUCAAAUUUUCCAUAUUGGUCAUGUAACUUAUUAUUGUAAUUUUCUUUUUUGUUAAUUUUAUAUAAGCUUUGUGAUACUUAUAAUUAGAUCUGAUUGUACUAUUUAUUAAUUGAUACAUUUAGUCAGUUCAGGAAUAUUAGAAGGAAAAUUUAUAUCAGUGAAAAAUGUAUUUAUACUAUUUAAAGAAAACAUUAAAUUGGAAUUGAAAAACAUAUUUUAAUAGUUGGGUAUGUGUAUAAAGUACACAUGUUCCCAUUGCUUAUAUUUUAAUAGUGAGGUAUCUGUGUAAUACACAGAUUUUACCAUUGCUGUUGAGAAUAUAUGUAUACAAACCUUUCAAACAUGUAUACUGCAGGAAGAUAAAAUUCUCAUGUUGUUUCUGAUCUGUUGAAUUUGAAAAACAUCAUAAAUACAAACUUUCAUUUAACUUUUUUAAGUCCAUAAUGUUCAAUAAGUAUCAAUUUCAAAUUAUAUUUUGUUAUGUUGAAUAAUUAGAAGACUGCUGAAGAAAACUGUAAAGUAACUAAAAGCUAUAUAUAUAUAUGCUUUGUUAGAUGUUCACUCAAGUAAGAAAGUCCCAAUAGACAUUAUCUUACAUGGGGAAAAGACCAACUAAAUGGUUUAAAUUUUGAGACAAAAUUUGAAAAUUGACAUCGUUAUUGAUGAUCAGGAAUGGCAGGUUUGAAUCAUACACUAGUAACCUAGAAUUACAAUACUCAAGCAGUUUAUUUACUUUUGUAACAGGAAAGAAGAAAAGAAUCAUUAAUUGGUGCAGAUUGUGUAUUUGUUUGGAAAAUAAUUGGAAGACAUUUGUUAUUGUUUUUUUUAUAUUUAAGAAUUGCAUAUAUUAUCAUUCUGUUGUGUCCAUACAAAUACAGUGCAUUUUAUGUUCAUUCAGAAUAUAUAUUCAGGAUGAAGCGACAUGUAUAUUUAAGUGACAAAUUUAACAGCCAAAUCUAAUAAGGGCAAUUUUAAAAACUUUGGUGCAUCUAUUCUCUUCACAUUGAUAACUGUGCAGCAGUUGUUUAUUUCAUUUAAAAAAAGAGUCCUUUUAAAAAGUUAGUUUCUCAAGAGUCAAGCCCCCUCCCCCAUCAAACCAACCAACUAACACAAUUGAUAUUGUUAUGUGACUGCACUUUUUAAACAAGUUUUGGACAAAGAUCUCAUUUCGUUUUGUUUGAAAAUCUGUAGUGCAUUUUAGCACAACUGUUGGGUUAGAAUUACUUACCUUCAGCAAAAAUAAAAGUUUUCAUAAUCACAACCUUAUUGAAAGAGUUCACUCUGGAAUUGAACUAUGAGCUUUGAACACAUUAUAAUAUUUGAAAGGUAGGCAGAACAUCUAAGAUCAUUAUAGCGAUUGUCUCCAAAAAGGCCUGUAGUAUAUACUUGAAGAUUUAUACAUGUAGAUGGUAGUCAUCUCUGUAAAGACAAGAGACAAAAUGGUCUGUUUUUUUUUUUUUGAGGAAAGGAAUGAAGAGACAAACAUUUUUGGAUUGACAAAAUUAACUUAAAGACAACUAGAAAAAAUGUACCAUGCUUUGUUUUCAAAAGGAGACAGAGAUGGAAAAGAUAUCUAUGACCAUAUAUCAUCUUUAAAUCAUAAGCAAAUGUGAAACCACUGUUUUCUUAUCUAAAACAUUUAUUUCAAUUUAAAAACUUGAAGAACAUUGAAUAUGAAAAUCUCAUUUUCCAUAAGCACAGAAAUAUCAGUUUUAAUUCAAUUCUUCCAACGAUUUGCUGUAGCUUGGAAUAGCAGAGGAGAACAAGGAGCACCCAAAAAAUGACAAAAGGCAUUUUUAACACCAAAGUAGAAUUUUAAAGAAAUACUUUUUUUAUUCUGACAAGUAUUAAAUCAGUUUUACAAGAAGAAAAUUUAUGUGAAAAACAUUUAACUUUUCUAAAAUCUAAAAUGCUAUUCUUAAAAAUGAUUGAACAAAUUCAUGUGAUGCAAUAUAUUGUUUGUUUUGUUUUAUAUUUCUAUCAAUGUUUUUACAAUCAUUUUUUCAUUUUUUAUGUCAACAUUUAAAACUGUUAGAAUUUUUAGUACAGUGUCCCUCUAGGUGUUAGUUACUAUAAAUAGAUCAGGGAAUCUCCGAAAUUUACAUAUCAGAUUUGACAGAAUUCUCUUUCUUGUGUUUUAAAUAGCAGAUCUUGAUAUUAUGUUGUUGACAAUCUUUUUACUGCAAUCUAUCAUUUGUCAGUCAUUUGUUUUCAUUAUUGUAAACAUUAAAAUGGUUAAUUUAUUUAUA